CUGGGCUGGGCUGGAGGCUGCGGCUGCCUCUCCGCUGGCCUCGGUGGCUGAGCCUGCCAGGAAAGUUGCUUUGCUGCACCCAGGCCCUGGAUGGCCGUCGCACAGACCCCACGAUGACAGCUGGCCGGGACGGAGGUCUGCUUGGGCGCGAGACAAAAAGUCAGCUUUUUGAAGAGGACAUGUGAUUGGAAGUUGUCUAAUUGUUGAAGUGUUGGGAACUCCAGUCUCUAAAGUCUUAGAAAAACAACUGAGGAUUUAUACUUUGUCAAGGUGAACCAGAGUUCUUCAUUAUGUCUGAUGGAGACUAUGAUUACCUCAUCAAGUUUUUAGCUUUGGGAGACUCUGGAGUAGGGAAGACCAGUGUACUUUACCAGUACACAGAUGGCAAAUUCAACUCCAAAUUUAUCACAACAGUGGGCAUUGAUUUCAGGGAAAAGAGAGUGGUGUACAGAGCCAAUGGGCCAGAUGGAGCCGUUGGCAGAGGCCAGAGAAUCCACCUGCAGUUGUGGGACACAGCAGGGCAGGAGAGGUUUCGGAGCUUGACAACAGCAUUCUUCAGAGAUGCGAUGGGGUUUCUUCUGCUUUUUGAUCUGACAAAUGAACAAAGUUUCCUCAAUGUCAGGAACUGGAUAAGCCAGCUACAAAUGCAUGCAUAUUGUGAAAACCCAGAUAUAGUGUUAUGUGGGAAUAAGAGUGAUCUGGAAGACCAGCGAGCAGUGAAAGAGGAGGAGGCCAGAGGACUUGCAGAGAAAUAUGGAAUCCCCUACUUUGAAACUAGCGCUGCCAACGGGACAAACAUAAGCGAGGCGAUCGAGACGCUCCUGGACCUGAUAAUGAAGCGGAUGGAGCGGUGCGUGGACAAGUCCUGGAUUCCCGAAGGCGUGGUGCGGCCCAAUGGCCACCCCUCUGCUGACCAGUUAAGUGAAGGAAAGCCGAAGGGGGCCUGUGGCUGUUGAAGAGUCACGUGAGCUCCACGAUGAAUUGCGUGGCCCGUGUCUGUAAUCUCCUCUAUGGGUGACACACGGCACAGAGAGGGAUUAACGGGCAUUGUGUUCAGACUCCUCACUAUCCCGAUUAGGCCAAUCAAUAAAGCAUCCAGUUUUAAAAUCA